AUGCAAAAAAAUAUUCCUCACAAAAACCUUUCAGAUCCAAUAAAGAAUGUAGAGGAUAAAUGGGAACUUUUACCUGCUUUUUUAAAGGUAAAAGGUCUAGUAAAACAACAUAUAGAUUCUUUUAACUAUUUCGUCGAAACUGAAUUAAAAAAAAUAGUGCAAGCUAACGAUGUCAUUACCUCGGAUGUUGAUCCUACGUUUUGGUUAAAAUAUCUUGAUAUUAAAGUUGGCCCCCCAGAACGUCCAGAUCAUGAUCAUGAAACUCACCAGACCAUCUUUACCCCUCAUGAAUGUAGACUUCGUGAUCUAACUUACUCGGGAAAUAUUAUGGUGGAUGUAGAAUAUGUCCGUGGAAAAUCUAGAAUAAUACGCAGAAACACCAUUAUUGGAAAAAUGCCAAUAAUGCUUAGAAGUUCAAAAUGUGUACUAACUGGUAAAACUGAAGCACAACUGGCUAAAAUGUAUGAAUGUCCUUUGGAUCCAGGUGGUUAUUUUAUUGUUAAAGGCACAGAAAAGGUGAUUUUAAUUCAAGAACAAUUGUCAAAGAAUCGAAUUAUUGUUGAAGGUGACAAAAAAGGUCUUGUACAAGCUUAUGUUACGAGUUCUACACAUGAAAGAAAAAGUAAAACUUAUAUAGUGGCAAAAAAUGAUUUAAAAAAUGAUAAAAUUACAUUAAAACAUAAUUCGAUUUCUGAAGAAAUUCCUAUAGUUAUAGUCAUGAAGGCUAUGGGUAUUCAGUCUGAUAAGGAAAUUGCACAAUUGAUAUCCGGAGGAAAUCAAACAUUUUUAAAUAUGUUCUCACCAAAUAUUGAACAAUGUGCAAAAAUGAAAAUCUUUACACAAAAACAAGCUUUAGAUUAUAUUGGCAGCAAAGUUAAGGUGACAAGAAAAAUUGCAAAUGUUAGAAGACCUAUGGCUGAAGAAGCUUUAGAAAUUUUAGCAACAGUUGUACUUGCACAUGUACCAGUACAAAAUUUAAACUUUCAACCAAAAUGCAUUUACAUUGCUAUAAUGAUACGCCGUGUACUAAUGGUGAUGGCUAAGGAAUCUUUAGUUGAUGAUAGAGAUUAUGUUGGAAAUAAAAGAUUAGAGUUAGCAGGAUCUUUGUUAGCUCUUUUAUUUGAAGACUUAUUCAAAAAAUUUAAUUUUGAUCUUAAAUUGAAUAUUGACAAGUUAUUGAAAAAACCUAAUAGAGCAACUGAGUUUGAUGCUCAUAAACAGUUAAUGCAACAUGGUGACAGUAUUACAAAUGGAUUCGUCCGAGCAAUUGCUACAGGAAACUGGACAUUAAAACGUUUCAAGAUGGAAAGAGCUGGUAUCACACAUGUGCUUAGUAGAUUAAGUUAUAUUUCAGCAUUAGGAACCAUGACAAGAAUUACUUCUCAAUUUGAAAAAACAAGGAAAAUUAGCGGACCUCGAGCUCUUCAGCCAUCACAGUGGGGUAUGCUGUGUCCCGCUGAUACACCUGAAGGUGAGGCAUGCGGUUUAGUAAAAAAUCUUGCACUAAUGACUCAUAUAACAACCGAUGAUGAAGAAGAACCAUUAAAACGUUUGGCUUUCAAUUUGGGAGUUGAAGACAAUUCCUAUAUGGUAUUUCUUAAUGGUCUUAUGCUUGGAAUUACGCGUCAGCCACAUGAAUUUGUUCAAGAUUUCCGUCGCUUACGCCGUUGUAGAAGAGUUUCAGAAUUUGUUAGCAUUUACGUAAAUCAUCAUCAUUCAGCUGUACACAUAGCUUCUGAUGGCGGAAGAGUUUGUCGGCCAUUGAUUAUAGUAGAAAACAAGUUACCAAAAGUUACCUCAUACCAUAUUCAAAAAUUAAAGCGAAAUGAAAUGCGAUUUUCUGAUUUCUUGGCUCAAGGACUUAUAGAAUAUUUGGAUGUAAAUGAAGAAAACGAUUCUAAUAUAGCAAUUUAUGAGCGUGAAAUUGUUGAACAAACUACGCAUUUAGAAAUCGAGCCCCAAAUGCAG